CACUGUUAUUGCAAACUUGAUUUUAUCCAUCACAUUCUGCUUAUUUUUAUGGUGUUUUGGGGAAGGUUACACACUUGGAGGUUGAUUGAAAGUGAAUGGGAAAGCACUGUUUUUUGUGGGGCAGCUGUAUUUAGGUGUAAAUUAAUAUUUGUGCACGGCAAUAUACCGUCAUUUUCUGUAGCUUUCUACACUAGUGCGGCUUCAGCAGCGUUAGCAGUGCACUGCAGGGUAUCCCCCAUCCUGUGUGUACGCGGCCAUAGGGAGACGGUGACACGACAUCUAUAUUUAGACCAAAGCUUUAUCCCGCUACAAAGGCUUUAUUGUUGCUUGUUUAUUAUUUUUUUUCCGGUUAAUACAAAGCUGUCUGUGUUCGUUGGCAGCCGGUUAGUCGCUCCGAGUCGUUUCCUCCCCGGUGGUUCACCUCACACCACGGGGAUUCCGCUCGUGAUCUUUUCUUUUUUCAUGUGCAAAUUACACAUCUAGGUCAUCUGAGUGACGAGAGAGCGCUUACAUUUGUGCUGCAUUCAUGGUGAUGCAGAUGAGGCUUGUUGCAUGUGUCGGAUGAGCAGCAGCCGCGCCUGCUGCCUGCUGCAUCUCGGGUCGGACGAGCCUUCGUGUCAGGAAGGGGUGCUGCGGGAUGUUUUCCUGUGUUGCAGCCGGUGAUUAGAGCCAUCUUCUCUCUACAGGCCACUAAAGGGCUGGCAGCCUAAAUGAAUGACGUAUAGCUGCAUCGCAUGCCGGCGAGAAAAACACCCUGCACGACUCGGUGCACAACACGACGCCUCACCUCCUAUCACAUAACCUGAAUUCAGAAAUAUAACAUUAAUGCUAAAUUGUAGAGCAUGCAUUAGUAAUAUUAAGAUAGAUAUAUCUUUUUUUUAAGCUGGUGUCCUCCAAUAGACCUUUCUCCCUUGAUCACGGUCACUUUAGCCUCAAUUGCAGAGCCACAAAACAAACAAACAUGAUUUCAGCAUACUUACUGUUAGUAAAUAUGAUUACCAAAGCUGUAAACAUAAAAUAUGUAUCUCCUGAUCACUGUUUGUCUUUUACAGUCACACAGUUGCCUCCAUUUCUGCAUGUCUUGCCUUAAAUUAAUAAAAAUGAAGCCUUAAAAUGUACAAAAUGGGGCUGAAUAAUUUGAGGAAAUAUCUGCCAGCUUAAAUUUUCACUGUCAACUAUAUAAGUGAUAAUUAAAUAUCAGCUCUUCCAGUUUCAAAAUUGCAAUUUCAAUAUAAAAAAAACACGUGUAAAUCCGCCAUGCAUACAAGCAUAGGAGUAAAACCAUUAAGCGGUAAUGGUAGGUGGAGGGUGGCAGACACUGAAUGGGUUUUCCAAUCUAGAUAGUGGGUUCUGUUGUCGAGUUGGGCAGAUAAGAAACUGACCCUCGCGUCUAGACACAAAUUGAAAUGGGUAGGGAACACUAAAGACUUGAUGUAUAGCGUGCAUGCUAUCCAAAGGACUUGACUUAGAGCCAAGACUUGAAGUCAACAGACAGACAAAGUUUGGGCAACAAUUAAGAUAAACAUUAAAGUAAUUUCUAACCAAAAAUGUCAUAGAAACACAGGUUUAGAUUCUCAAAUGAGGCUUGAUAUUGUUAUAAAUUGAAUAUCUUUGAGUUUUUGACAUUUAGAUUAAACACAUUGGGUUCUGAGAACUCGUAUGAGCAUUUUUUACAAUAGAGUGAUGCAGAUAUGACUUUUUUUUGAAGGCUGAUGUGAAACUUAAGGUCGUCCUGGUCAAAAUUCAGUGGGAAAUCCCAUUGGAUUUCUUUGAUGAGGAAACCAUGGCGACUGUAGAGAGAUGGUGAAAAUGGGAUUUUCCCUUUGGAUUGUGGAUUAUUGCUGAAAAUAAGCUCUGUGAUAAACAAACGUUUUGUUCAGCAAUAUCGUCUUCACAAAUGAAUAUCACUUUUAUGUUCUUUGAGUGUAAAUGCAGUCGCCACAAGCAAAACCCGAACAUUAGGCUAUAAACAAACUACACGACAGUCGCAUGACUUCAAAGUCUGGCUGUGUUUGCUGUGAUGAUUUCCUGCAGUCUCAUUUAGCCACUUGUGAGCGGCCACCUUUUUUAAGACAUCUAAAGGCGUCAAAAUUCACUUACUGAUGUAUUUUAUGUUGUAGAGCACAACGUGAAAGUCUCUGAAGCUUGUGUUAACCACAGACCUUAUUUCAGGCAUCUAACCAAAAACCAGUUUAAAACAAACAUUGAAUUAAAGACAAGGGAUACGGGAGUGCAAAGAUGCUAACUCCAAGUUUUAGGUCUCAUUCCUUCACCACUACUUGCUGACAUUUUAUAGAUGAAAUAAUUGACAACAAAAAUAAAAAUAUACCAAUCAAAAACAAAACCAGUUGUUGUUGCAGCUCAACUUGAACAUAGCUCCACAGCAGGGAAGAACAUGGUGUUUAUCUUAUACUUUCUACUUUAUCUUUGCCACAGUGGUGUCAGUCACCUGUAGCUGGAGCUCCUGUACUAUUGGUGUUUCCACCGAGAAGGUUCUCCACGUUCUCCACCAGCCCGACAGAAGUGUAGGCUUUCAUGCAGAGAAUGUGAGACGGCCACCAGUGGCCGGGAAGCGGCAGCUACCAGCUCUUCCACCUGGAGCCGUUAUGUAAUGUGUCAUGGUCAGGCAGACAAACGGGCACACCACAAUGCGCUGGAGCGCAAACGUAGGGACCACAUCAAAGACAGCUUUCACAGCCUCCGGGACUCGGUACCUGCCCUGCAGGGAGAAAAGGUUGGUACAGCUCAGCCUGCAGCUCCUCCAGGCACACGAUGUUCAGGCUCUCAUCAGUCUACCAAACAGGCGUCUCGAGCUCAAAUCCUAGACAAAGCCACAGAGUACAUCCAAUACAUGAGGCGAAAAAACCACACGCACCAGCAGGACAUCGACGACCUGAAGAGGCAGAACGCACUGCUGGAGCAGCAAGUCCGUGCUCUGGAGAAGGUGAAGGGCUCCGCGCAGCUCCAGGCCAGCUACUCCUCGUCUGACAGCAGCCUGUACACCAACCCCAAAGGCAGCGCCGUGUCGGCGUUCGACGGGGGCUCUGACUCCAGCUCCGAGUCCGAGGCCGAGUCGGAGCCUCCCAACAGGAAGAAGCUGCGCGUGGAGGCCAGCUAGAGAGCGGAGUCGGUUAAAACCUAGCCAAGGUCGAGGCGGCGGGGGCACAAAGGAGGGCAAGAGGAAGUGCAGCCAUCGAGGCUCAUCGACCCCUCCCCUCCCCCCCCUCUCUCAUGCCAACAACCACCACCCCCCGGCCUCCCUCACCGUCCUCCUCGCUCUCUCUCCUCCAUCUGUGGGUGGGCUCGCACUGGAGACUCAUGACCCCUCUAACCUCCUUACACCGCCGCCACAAUUGUCUCUCUCUCCACCCGAUCUCCACGAACAGGAGGGAGGAAGUCAGCAGGGUGGAAGACGACUGCUUCAGUCCAUGUAGAGAGCUUCAGGUUUUUCUCCCCUCCUCUCCCCAUCCCUCUCCUUCUCUUUUCUUUCCAUCAUUGGUAUUUCCCCCCCUCCGGCAACAUCUACAAUCCAAAACCCAAAAAGAGGCAGCUUGGCUACUUAAGGACUUGAUGCUUUUUUUGUACCCUCAAUAAAGCCCCUCCUCCUCCCCGGGUUGUUUUUUGGGGGGGAAGGGCACGCCUGGCGUACUCCAAGCACUGCUAUAUUAUAUAUUUUUGUUUUUGUUUAUUUUGUUAUUCUUGAUAAAAACCUGUUUAGAAUUUACACACACACACCUAGAUAAAUUGUCCCAGAGAAGUUUACCUUUUUAAAAUAAAAAAAAAAAAUCAAACAUUUGUAGCUUACUUUUUUCCACUAAAGAAUGUGAAGAUGCUUUGAAGCAAAUCUUAAAGUGAUGAUACCCACCUCAGGCCCACUGGAUUGCAGAUGUUUUCUGCCUGACACGUUUGUUAACACAAGAUUUAAAGAAAAGAAAAAAAGAGAAAACAUGACUCCUUUGUUGAAAUUGAUGUUUUGAAGGAGAAUAUUCCUAAACCUGUAUCGUAAUUUGUCCUUUAGCUUGAAGUAGUGAAUGACUUUAGGUGGCUGAAUACGUUAGGCAUCUCGUUUUAUAUAUCAUUAAAAAAAAAAGAGCAUUGAUUGGAUGUUUUGAAGUUCUAAAGUAUGUUAUGCAUUUUGUAGUAAUCUCACGAGUCAUGGGAAAAUGCCAAUUUGUCACAUGUAGUUUUCCUUAAGGGUAUGAAAUAGGUAUUGAAUGUCAAAAAGGUAGCUCCCGUCUUUUGCAGUACAAGGAAGCAAAUUAACCCCUGUCGAUGUGUCGUGCUUUACACAGUAAAAAUCAAUGUUGCUGAAUCCCCCCCUCGAGGAAAAAAGGAAGCAUUUUUGCGUGUCUAGGAAAUGUGUGUGUAUGUAUAUUGUUUCCAUUUUAUUUCCAUUUAGGAGGAUAUAAUUAGUGUAAUAGGUCUUUGUUUGUCCGAUUCCAUUCCAUGGAAAUUACAAGUAUGUUGUACAUACUGCCAACAAUUGUCUUGCAAGUUGAGGCCUACCUUUACUAUGAGACUAUAAAAUAAACUAUUUUAUCCUUUAA